AUGCCGGCUCUCAGGAGCCUCCGAGAUGGAGCCACUGAGCUGGAGCCGUGGUUCCAGCUGCUGGCUCCCUGCCCAUCCUGCCGCACCGCUCAGCACCGUGCUGCAGGCGCCAGGGCAGACGGGCUCCGGCUGCAGCAGGCGCUCUUUGGACAGCUCCUGGCAGCCCUCUGCGGGGAGGAGGCAAGCUGCCCCAGCCCCCUGCAGGAGAUGCUGGCUGUCCUGCAUAAGGAAGGACCGUCGACAGAAGGGGUAUUCCAAAGAGCUGCCAGCGGGACAGAGUUUUGUGAGCUGCGGGAGGCCCUGGACCACGGUGCGGAUGUCGACCUGGGCAGCCAGCCUGCACUGCUGCUGGCCGUCAUCUCGAAGGACUUCCUCCGAAGCAUCCCUGCCAAGCUCCUCGUGACAGACCUCUACGAGGACUGGAUGGCAGCGAUGCAGAAGAGCAGCAGGGAGGAGAAGUUUGAAGAGCUGAAAGCGGUGGCCGAGAAGUUGCCUGGAGCCAAUCUCCUCCUCCUCAAGCGGCUGCUGGCCCUCCUCCAGCACAUCGGCCACAACGCCUCCAGCAGCAGAAUGACCGCCGGCAACCUGGCCAUCUGCCUUGGGCCAAAUCUGCUGAGCCCACCUAACGAGGACCUGCUCUCCCUCGAGGCCAUGCUGGCGGUGACUGAGAAGGUGAACGUGCUGGUGGCGUUUCUCAUUGAAUACUGCGGUGACAUCUUUGUGGAGGAGAUGGCUGGCUGCUCCUGUCCAACAGCCGGGGAGUCGCCAGCACCCAUGGACAGUGCCGCAGACCUGCAUUUGGAAGAGCAAAGUGGCCCUGCAGGCAGAGCAGACAAGGACCACCAGGCAGAAGCCUUGCUGCACGCACCACCCGCCUCUCUGCUGGACGUCCUCAAAGAAGCUGCGGGAGACGCGGUGGCGGAGUCCGAAAUGGCAGAGGCACCCGUUGCUUUGGCUCCAACCACCCUGGGGACCACAGUAGACUCCCUGGGAUGCACAGAAGGACUAAAGAGCGUUUCAGAGGAAAGAAGGUUUUUAGGCUCCCCACAGGAAAAGGAAAACCAAAAGAAGUGCCGUUUCCCUGUUACUGGCUGA